CUUCUCAAGUAAACAGUGCCGGCUCGCGUUAGUUUCGGGCGGCGUAGCAGGGUUAACCUGCGCCAAUUCGGGGCUCACCUGCUUCCGCUGUCUUUGUGCCAUGCCAUCUCGGGGAUGCCUCCCGCUCACCUGAUCUUCCCCAUUCUACUUCCUCCCGAACCACCUUCACCGGCGUUCUAUCGCCGCUGAUCUUUGUCGCCUCUCAUCCGAGAUCAGAAGGACGGGAGCGGCGCGAUCGUCGAGGAGGCGACAUCCUUGGACCCGUCGUCGAUGAUGGGCCUCGCGUUGACGGCGCAGCUCGGCGCCCUAGCGGCGUGCAUCGUCCUCUUUCUGCCACUCGGCAUGGCCGGAUGGAACCUCAGCCGCAACAAGGUCCUCUUCUUCAGCGGCGCCCUUUUCAUCUCCCUCGCCGUUGUUAUCCACCUAGCUCCCCACCUCUCCUCGCUCUCCCUCUUACUCCUAUCCUCUCUCUCGCCAUCAAUCGGAACCGACGGCACCUCUUCCUCUUCCUCCGAUGCGAUUCCCGCUGCUUCUUUCUCCUCUUGCAUUCCUUUCCUCCACGACAUCACUUGGCGUCAAGAAUCUCCUUCGUCCUCGGCGGCAUGGCAAUGGACCCCGGCCACCCAUGCUGCGGGUUGCGACUUCCAGAGGGUCUCCCCCGCCGACGCCUCCGACCUCCUCAACGGUUCUUGGAUCCUGGUCGCCGGCGAUUCCCAGGCCAGGCUUCUCACCCUAGCCUUCCUCCGCCUGCUCCUCGACCCCGUCGCCCUCCCGCCCAUCGAAGCCGACCUCUUCCGUCGCCACUCUGAUUACCACGCCUCUCUCGCCGACCGCGGGAUCACCCUCGACUUCGUCUGGGCGCCCUUCGAAACCAACCUCACGACUCUCCUCCGCGGCCUCCGCAGCCGCAGUCCCGCCGGCCGCCCUGACGUCAUCGCCCUGGGCUCUGGUCUCUGGCACAUGUUGCAUUUCACCAACUCGUCCCUCUUUGGUGAGUCUCUCAUCUGGCUUAAGCGGGCCGCCGUGGCGUUGCUUUCGACUGCGCCGCUUCACCCGCCCCACAUGUUCUGGCUGGGGUUGCCGAUGCUGGUGAACUCGAUGCUUAACACCGAGGAGAAGAGGGUGAGAAUGAAUGAAACAGUGUGGGAUGAGUAUGACCAGGAGCUAGCGGAAAGCACCAUCCUGAGAAGCGACGGCGGGCCUUGUUUACAUGUAGACAUUGGAUCAUUGAGCCAGGGCUGCGGUCGAAGAUGCACGACUGAUGGGAUGCACUACGAUAAUGUGGUGUAUGAAGCGGCGCUUCACAUUAUGCUUAAUGCUCUUUUGAUUGAAUCUCAACAGCGAAUUUGAAACUUGCCGAGCUUGAUUACUUGGAGGAUUUUUUGAGAUUUCUGCUGAAAAGGUGUGCCUUCUGCUUACUGAUACUCUCUUGUGUGCUGUUGAAGAUUCACCUAUGUUUUUCACUUCACUUUUGAUCGUAGUUUUGAAAAUUGGGAGCAUACUUUGUGGAAUACAACAUUCUUUUUUGCCUAACUGGAUAAGAUCUAUGAUGUAACUUCAUCACGAUAAUACACAAGGGGAAAAAAAAAUAUAGAGAAAUCUUACUUGUCCUGUGAUGUAAGAACAAAUAUUCCAUCUUUUUUCUUUGCAAUGAAAAGUUUUUUGUUCUUCUUUUCUAGAAUUAUAUUAUAUUUCUAUGUGUGGUCAUGACUUACCCAGCAUGUGUUAUUUUCUUCUGAAAGCAUUCUUUUUUUUCCACUUAGUUUGAACGUAAUUAUGAUUUACUGCAGGACAACAUUGAAAGUAACUUAUUUAUUUUUCUUUGCAAGAGAUCAGCAUCCUCUCUAUCAAAAGAAAGAUAUAAAUCGUAUUCCUGUUCACUCAUGUUUUAGUAUACCAUUAGAACCAAAUCAUCCUGAAAAAUUUCGUAUUAAUGCUGUAUCUGUAAAUACAAGAUGAUCUCAAGGACUCGAGCACCUUACAAUCUUGUCUUUAGAAGUUGCUGAUCUCUCCUUAUAGUGCUUCAAGAGAACGAUUUUAAGAGUGCUUCACUUAUUAUAUUCAGAGGACUUGUGAUUGGCAUUACCAUCAGACAAAAGAUCAAUAAGUGGGA